AUGGGUAGCAUCGACAACAGCAGCACCGACAGCGGCACCGGCAGCCACACCGGCAGCAGCACCAGCAGCCUAGACUAUGCGACCGAACCCAUCGCCAUCGUCGGCCUGAGCUGCAAAUUCGCCGGCGAAGCCUCCUCCCCUUCCGGUCUCUGGGACCUCAUGACGCACGGCCGCAAUGCCUGGACACCCUUCCCUGCCUCCCGCUUCCACGCCGCAGGCGCUUAUCACCCCGACUCCCAAAAGCUCGGCACCACCAGCGUCAAGGGAGCUCACUUCAUGACCGAAGACCCGGCCCUCUUUGACGCAAAUUUCUUUCAGUUUUCUGGUGAGGCCGCGGCCGCUGUGGAUCCGCAGUACCGUCUGCAGCUGGAAUCGGCGUAUGAGGCCCUCGAAAAUGCCGGGAUGCCGAUGAGUGCCGUGGCGGGGUCGAACACGUCGGUUUACUCGGCUGUUUUCAUGCACGAUUACCAUGAGGGGAUUGUGCGGGAUGGGGAUAACCUCCCCCGAUUCGAGCCCAUCGGCACGCUGGUAGCCAUGUCGGCGAACCGGAUCUCGCAUUUUUUUGACUUGCGCGGUGCGAGUUUCACGCUGGAUACAGGGUGCUCCGGUGCGUUGGUGGCGCUGCAUCAGGCGGUGCUGGGGUUGCGGGCGGGCGAGGCGGAUAUGGCGGUUGUGAGUGGAGUGAAUGUGAUGUUGGCGCCGGAUCAGUUCAAGACGUUGACGUCGUUGGGGAUGUUGUCGCCUGAUGGGAAGUCGUAUGCGUUGGACGCCAGGGCGAAUGGAUAUGGUCGUGGUGAGGGCGUGGGGACGAUUGUGGUGAAAAGGUUGAGGGACGCGUUGGCCGCGGGGGAUCCGGUUAGGGCGGUUAUUCGGGAGACGGCGCUGAAUCAAGAUGGGAAGACGGAGACUAUUACGACACCGUCGGAGGAGGCGCAAGUGGAGUUGAUGAGGGAGUGUUAUCGACGGGCUGGGUUGAGUCCGAGUGAUACACAGUAUUUCGAACUCCACGGCACAGGUACACCCACCGGCGACCCGAUCGAAGCACGCGCUAUCGCAGCCGUCUUCGGGCCCGGAGGACCACCUCGCAAGGCCCCCCUACGCGUCGGUUCAGUCAAGACCAACAUCGGUCACACGGAGGCCGCUUCCGGUCUGGCAUCCGUCAUCAAGGUGGUAUUGGCCCUCGAAAAAGGCCAGCUCCCGCCGACGGUCAACUUUGAGACGCCCAACCCGAAGCUGCGACUCGACGAGUGGAAUCUGAAGGUGGCUACCGAGUUGGAGCCGUGGCCAGCUGCUCCCGGCGAGGCGUGGCGGGCUUCGGUGAAUAACUUUGGCUAUGGCGGGAGUAAUAGCCAUGUUAUUCUGGAGGGUGUCUCCUCUCUUUCGACACUGACCAAUGGUCACUCGUUGACGAAUGGUCAUCUUCUUACCAACGGCCAUGCUCAAACCAAUGGUACCAAUGGUAUCAAUGGCCAUGCCGAGACUAACGGUCAUUUUCUCACGAACGAUCAGUCCGAGACCAAGACCGAGAACAGCCAACCCUCAGUUCUCAUCUUCCACGGCCGCGACGAACAAGCCUGCAAACGCCUCCUCGCCGACACUGCGUCCUACCUCCAAAACCACACCAACCCCAGUCCCUGCCUCCUGAGCGACCUAAGCCACACCCUCCUCCAGCACCGCACACGUUUCCCCACCGGCUGGGUCUCCGCCCACGUCGUUCCUCCCUCGCCUGCAGGUGACCUGUCAGGGGUAAUCACAGCCCUGGAAUCCGCCCCCCAAUUCAAACCCACCCGCCUCCCUUCCUCCACUCCCCGCAUCGGCAUGGUGUUCACAGGUCAAGGUGCCCAAUGGUACGCCAUGGGCCGGGAACUUAUCUCGUCAUACCCCGUGUUCAAAGCAACACUCACCGAAGCAGAGGGAUACCUAACCUCCUUCGGCGCGGACUGGUCUCUCACCGAAGAACUCCUCCGCGACGCAGCGAGCACGCGCGUCAACCAAACAGCCCUGAGUAUCUCCAUCUGUGUCGCCGUGCAGAUUGCGCUUGUCAGGUUGUUGCGCACCUGGGGAAUCACCCCCACAGCCGUAACAAGCCAUUCCUCGGGUGAAAUCGCCGCAGCCUACGCAGCCGGUGGCCUAUCCCUCCGCGAAGCAAUGGCGUGUGCCUACUACCGCUCUUCCUCAGCAGCCUUGACCCCCCGCUCUGGUCCCAAGGGUGCUAUGGCAGCCAUCGGGGUGGGGGAGACUGCCGCGACUGCAUACCUAGCAAGAUUGGCCGAGGGAACGGACGGAAAAGCGGUGGUGGCGUGUGUGAAUAGCCCUGGGAGUGUGACUGUGGCAGGGGAUGAGACCGCUGUGGUGAAGGUGCUGGAGAUGGCUGGGGAGGAGGGGGUGUUUGCGAGACGGUUGAAGGUUGAUACAGGGUAUCAUUCGCAUCAUAUGGAGCCGAUUGCGGGGCCGUAUCGGAAGGCUUUGCUUGGUGCUCUCGCCACACAGAAGGGAGACCAACCCAAAGAGAAGCUUGAUGUGAUGUUUUCUUCGCCGGUUACGGGUGGGAGGGUUACUGAGGCGAAACAGCUCGCGGACCCGGAGCAUUGGGUCGGCAGUUUGUUGCAGCCUGUGGAGUUUGUCAGGGCGUUUACUGAUAUGGUCGUCGGCGACCCUGCUGAAGGCAACGCCAACGUGGAUAUCAUCCUCGAAGUCGGCCCCCACACUGCCCUCGGCGGACCGAUCAAGGAAAUCUCCGCCCUGCCCGCGUUCGAAGGGCUAGACCUCCCCUAUCUAGGUUGUCUCACUCGCCACCUAGACGCCCGCGAAUGCAUGCUUACCAUGGCGCUCACGCUCAUCCGCAAGGGCUACCCGGUGGAUCUGUCCGCUCUCACGCCCAUCUCAGAGGGACAGAAACAAAAGUCGCGGGUGCUGACCGACCUGCCGUCGUACCCCUGGAACCACGCCAACCGGCAUUGGGCUGAGGCUCGCGUCAACCAGGCCUAUCGCGAACGGGAUCAGCCGCCGCACCAUUUGCUUGGGUCGCCAGUGCCGGGGGCCAAUCCUGAGGCGGCGACUUGGAGGCAGAGGGUGCGUGUGGGGGAGAGUCCGUGGUUGAGGGAUCAUGUUGUUCAGGGGAAUAUCUUGUAUCCCGGCGCGGGGUACAUUUGUUUGGCUAUUGAGGCUAUGAAACAGCUGAGUGGUGGUGCCGAGUCAGUAUCUGGGUAUAAACUCCGGGAUAUCGAGAUCCAUGCCGCGUUGGUCGUGCCAGACAACGCCGAUGGGAUCGAGAUCCAGACUGUCCUCCGAACAGUCAGCGACAAGACCAUCGGCGCGCGCGGCUGGAGAGAGUGGGAGAUUUUGUCUGUCACCCAAGACAGCCACUGGACACAGCACGCCAAGGGUCUCAUCACAAUCGACUCAUCUCCCUCAGAGAAGAAAUCGGUACCAAACCCCUUGGAAGACUCCGGCUACACCCGCCGCAUCGACCCCGAGGAUAUGUGGUCCUCCCUGCGCAAACACGGCAUGAACCACGGCCCUCUCUUCCGCAACACAGCCAGCAUUAUCCAAGACGGCAGCAACCCCAAGGCUGCGGUCCGAAAAUGCGUCACCACCAUCGAGGUAGCCUCAUGUGACACCGAUGCCCCCGUGAGCACACACCUGCUGCAUCCAACAACCCUCGACUCGGUGGUUAUCGCGUCCUACGCGGCCUUACCCGGCGGAGGUGUUCACGAAGAAGGGGCUAGAGUGCCCGUGUCGAUUCGGGGACUCUGGGUUUCGGGUGCUGUGGUGAAUACACCGGGCCAUGGGUUCGCUUGUCACACGACAAUGGACCAUCUGGAUGCUAAGAGUUUCCAGGCGGAUGUGACUGUUGUUGAUCCCGACUCGGAUUCGACCCCUGUGCUGGAGGUGGAAGGUCUGGUUUGCCAAUCUCUUGGGCGCAGUUUUGAUGCGGAACAACAACCGCAAUGGGCUAAGGAUAUGUACUCCAAAGUUUACUGGGCCCCGGACCUCCUCCUCUCAACCACUCUCUCCCCUGAAUCCCAAACAGCAGUCAAGGGAUUGCUCGCCCCCCCACGCGACCUCAAACCGAAAGACAAAAACAUCUUGACUGCCCUCCGGCGGUUGUGUGUCUACUUCUGCCAGGAGGCGGUACAGUCCCUGACCGAGCAGGAUAUCACGAACCUUCAACCGCAUCACGUCAAGUACCUCACCUGGAUGAAAUCCACCCUCGAGCUGGCCGCAUCAGGCAGUCUGGGUCCCAACAGCGAUAAAUGGACGUCCGACUCCCCUCUGGACCGCGAACGCACAAUCGCCUUUGCCGAGUCCAAAUCCCCCGACGGCCAACUGAUCUGCCGGCUCGGCCCUUUGUUGGGUCCCAUCCUGCGGGGUGAGCAGGCCCCGCUGGAGGUGAUGAUGGCAGACAAGAUGCUAUUCAACUACGAAGCCAACGCGGUGCGCUUCGCACCCGGUUUCGAGCAGUUGGCUGCGUUGGUCAAAGGGGUCGUACACAAGUACCCGCGUGCGCGUGUGCUCGAGGUUGGGGCCGGCGCAGGCGGUGCUACCCGCCAUGUCCUGAAGGCCCUGGGGUCAGAGAGUGAACCGUUCGGGGGCAGCUGGCAUUUCACAGACGUAUCAUCCGGCUUUUUCGAAGCGGCUAGAGACGAGUUUGCCUCUCAGGUCGAUAUGGAGUUUGGGAGGCUAGACAUCGAGCAAGACCCCGCGGCACAGGGGUUCCAGCCGGAAAGCUACGAUAUUGUCGUCGCGUCGCGGGUGUUGCACGCCACCAAGGGGUUAGUGCACACCCUGGAAAAUGUCCGGAAACUCCUCAAACCCGGCGGUUCCCUUGUCAUGAUGGAGAUGACGCAAGACCAGGUAGACGUGCAGUUUGUUUAUGGACUCCUACCCGGUUGGUGGCUGGGUGAAGAGCCCGAGCGGCAGAAGAGUGCCUCGCUGGACACAUCUGGGUGGGAGAGCACACUCAAACAGGCUGGGUUUAAGGGUGUUGAGCUGGAAUUGAGGGAUUAUGAUGCCCCCGGCCAAGAGGGACAGUACUCGCUCAGCAGCAUCUUGGCCUCUGUCCUGGCCUCGGGCCCAUCAUCGUCCGAUCUGCUAGCAGAAAACGGCGUGGUUAUUGUUACUAGCACAGUAGCACCGCCGCCGGAUACCUGGAUCCAAACCCUACGAGAAACCAUCACCACGAAAACCCUCAGCAAAUCCCUCCCCGCUGUGCAAACCCUCGAGUCCUUAGACACCAAUUCAUGCGCGGGCAAGUUCACCAUCUUCCUCGGCGAGGCCGGCCGGCCCCUGCUCAACAACCUCUCCGAGGCAUCGUGGAACGGCAUCCGCACCAUGCUGACCACUUCCAAGGGGGUGUUGUGGGUUACCCGGGGCGGUGCAGUGGAGUGUGCUGAUCCAGAUAUGGCGCUGGCGAAUGGUUUCUUGAGGGUGAUUCGGAAUGAGUAUGUUGGACGCAGUCUGGUGACGCUGGAUUUGGAUUCUAAGCAGCAGUCGGUCUGGUCGGAAGCUGAUGUGGAAGCUAUUGCGCAUGUCAUGGCUGCUGAUGGUGUGACGAAUCGUCAGGGGCCGUCGGAUGCGGAAGAGAAUGAGUUUUCUGUGCGCGAUGGGUUGGUGUUGGUUCCGAGGAUUUAUAAGGACGCGCCGCUUAACAAGAUGUUGUCGGCGCGGGAUCCUGCUGAACCGGAGGACAUUAUCGAGCUGGCUUCCCUGUUCCAGGACGGCCGUCCGCUGAGUCUGAAAGUGGGCAUGCCCGGGUUCUUGGACUCGCUGGUGUUUGAUGACGCCCCUGAGGAACACGAGGAAUGGUUCCCAGAGGGGGAUGCGGUUGUGAUUGAGCCGCGGGCGUAUGGAGUCAACGCCCGGGAUGUGAUGGUUGCCAUGGGCCAGGUGAAGGACAACAUUGUGGGUGUCGAAUGCGCCGGCAUCAUUACCGCUCUCGGCCCCGAAGCCGCAGCCCAAGGUUUCGCCCUCGGCGACCGGGUCAUGGCCCUCCUCCGCGGCCCCUUCGGCAGUUCCGCCCGCAUCACAUGGCAGUGUGUCUCUCACAUCCCAGAGGGCAUGACCUUUGAAGACGCCGCGUCUCUGCUGCUGGUCUCGGCCACCGCCUACGUCGGUCUUGUCGAUGUCGCCCGGCUCUGGCAGGGUCAGUCCGUAUUGGUCAACGGCGUUGCCGACCCUGUUGGCCAGGCGGCUAUCAUGCUGGCUAAGGAUUAUUUGGGGGCGGAGGUGUACGUCACGGUUGUGUCGCAGGAGGAGCGCGAGUUUGUGACGCGGGAGUAUAACCUACUCCCCACUCACAUCUUCAACAUCGAUGACGCCUCUUCCCUCAAGUCAGACAUCUUAUCCGCUACCGGGAACCGAGGCGUCAGCGUGGUACUCAACUCGCUCAGCGGCCCCUCCCUCCAAGCCGCCUUCGACGUCCUCGCCCCCUUCGGUCAGUUCAUCGAAGUCGGCAAGCGAGACGCCCAAGACAACUCCCUCCUCGACAUGUCCACAUUUUCCCGUGUUGCCUCCUUCACGUCCGUCGAUAUCCUCGCCCUCGCCCGGGAGCGGCCCUCCGAAGCCUCCCGCGUCAUCAACGAAGUCGCCCGUCUCGCAACCCAAAAUGUCAUCCGCCCCAUCCAUCCCGUAACCGUCUUCCCACUAGGCCAGAUCUCCAAAGCCAUGCGUCUUGUGCAGACAGAGAAACACCUCGGCAAGGUCGUGGUGUCCGUCUCUCCCGAAGAACAAGUCCCGACCCUCCCGCGUGUGCCCACACCAAAGCUAAAGGCCGACGCAUCCUACCUCAUCGUAGGCGGCGUCGGCGGCUUAGGCCGUCCCACAGCCUUCUACCUCGCCGCACACGGAGCCAAGAAUAUCAUCGUGCUCUCCCGCAGCGCCGGGAACCUUGACCCGACUUCCUCGUUUGUAACUGGCCUGCGCGAGCUGGGUUGCCGUGUCGUGGCCGUUAGCUGCGAUGUAUCUGACCCAUCUGACCUCGCUCGCGCGCUACAACACUGUGAAACUGCGGAAGGGCUCCCGCCUAUCCGUGGUGUCAUCCAAGGCGCCACGGUGCUGAGGGAUUCCGUCCUGGAGAACCUGACGCUUGAUGACUGGCGGGCUUCGAUGGGGCCGAAGGUCACUGCUACUUGGAACCUGCACCACCACUUCUCUUCCAAGAAACUCGACUUCUUUGUCAUCUUCUCCUCCCUCUCCGGCAUCUUCGGCUGGGCCAGCCAAGGUAACUACGCCGCGGGUGGAUCCUUCCAAGACGCCCUGGCCCAUUACCGCACUUCCCGCAGUCUCCCGGCUGUGUCGUUAGACAUCGGCUGGGUCAAAGGCGUAGGCGCCUCCUCCUCCCAAAUUGUCUCCGACGGCCUCGGCAAAUCAGGCCAGUCCCUGGCCCUGUCGGACGAGGAUGUCAUGCGUGCCGUGGGAAUGGCCAUCCUCCACCCCUUCGAUCAGCCACAGAUGCUGGUGGGGUUGAAUUCUGGCCCCGGGCCGCAGUGGGAUGUUACAAGUCUGACUUCGCCUAUGGGACGGGAUGCGCGGUUCGGGCCGUUGCGGUACCGGCCUCCUAUCGGCGCCAAGGGACAAGGACAAACACAGAGUGGCGGUGCGGAAGGGGAUGUGAAGCCUUUAUCAGCAUUAUUGAAAGAAGCUGGGACGGUGGAUGAAGCGCGCGCGGUGGCGGUGGAUGCGAUUGCGGUGAAACUGGCGGAUAUUUUUAUGCGGGAACGGGAGGACAUCGAUUUGAAGAUGGCGCCGUCGGCGUUGGGGGUGGAUUCGUUGGUGGCGGUGGAGUUGAGGAAUAUGUUGAUGUUGAAGGCUGGGGCGGAUGUGCCGAUGUUGAAUGUGCUGCAGAGUGUGUCGUUGGAGGCGCUGGCGGGGGAUGUGGUUGCUAGGAGUUCGUUUGUUACGGUGAAGGCUUAG